CAUCCGAGGCGAAAAUCCCGUUUCAUCUCUCGAAUUUCUUUUGGGUAUAGAUACUGGGUUCUUGGGCUGCUUCGUAUUCUUGUUCUUGACCAUCGAGCCGUGCGCGACCAUCGCGUGUAUUUUCCGGGCUGGUUCUUGGUCCGGGUCCUUAGAUUUUCUGGGUGCUGGUUUGUUGGGGGGAAGUUUUUGAGUUUUUGUAAUUACUUUGGGGGGGUGAAAGUAUGGAGGUUUCGGUGAUCGGAAGCUCUCAAGCCAAGAUCUUGAGGACGGACUCGGCGUGCAGAGAGCUCGGGUUGCUGGGUUUCAAGAAUGGCAGCGGCGUUUUCUGGAGGAGGUCCAGGAUUUCGUUCGGUCGGAGCUAUGGGCUGAGGAGUUCCGGGGUGAGGUUAACGUUGAAAGCCGUGCAAACCGAAGCAAUCCCGCCCCAGAAAAUUUCAAGACCCCGAUCUCGAGGUGGUGUGAGGUUAUAUGUGGGCUUGCCAUUGGAUGUGGUCUCCAAUUCCAAUGUGGUGAACCAUGCAAGAGCGAUAGCAGCAGGCAUGAAAGCGCUGAAACUUCUUGGUGUUGAAGGUGUGGAGCUCCCGAUCUGGUGGGGUGUCGUCGAGAAGGAAGCCAUGGGCAAGUACGAUUGGUCUGGCUAUCUCACUCUGGUAGAGAUGGUCCACAAAGUGGGUCUCAAACUUCACGUGUCGCUCUGCUUUCACGGAUCUAAACAUCCAAAGAUCCCCCUUCCAGAGUGGGUGAUGAAAGUAGGAGAACACAACCCCAGCAUUUUCUUCACAGAUCGCGCAGGUCAGCAAUACAAAGGGUGCCUAUCACUAGCAGUCGAUGAAGUCCCAGUCCUAGAGGGGAAGACUCCCGUUCAAGUCUAUAAUGAUUUCUGUGAAAGCUUCAAGUCAUCAUUUUCUUCAUUCAUUGGUUCCACAAUCAAUGGCAUCUCAAUGGGUCUCGGACCAGAUGGUGAGCUCAGAUAUCCUUCUCACCAGGGCCUAUCCAGAAGUAGCAAAGUCCCGGGAGUGGGAGAAUUUCAGUGCUACGACAAAAGCAUGCUCGCGCUUCUCAAGGAAUACGGGGAAACAACAGGAAAUCCUUUGUGGGGACUUGGUGGACCCCAUGAUGCCCCUGCUUACAAUGCAUCUCCGAGUUCAAACAGUUUUUUCAAGGAUCAUGGAGGGUCGUGGGAAUCUCCGUAUGGUGACUUUUUCCUUUCCUGGUACUCAGGCCUAUUAAUUCGUCACGCAGACCGCCUUCUCUUCCUUGCAUCUUCAGCUUUUGGGGAUUCAGAGGUAGCAAUCUGUGGUAAAAUUCCACUGGUGCACCAGUGGUACAAGACUCGGUCCCACCCUGCCGAGUUAACAGCCGGCUUCUACAACACGCAAAAUAGAGAUGGUUAUGAAGUGAUUGCUGAGAUGUUUGCGCAGCAUUCUUGCAAGAUGAUCUUGCCAGGAAUGGACCUUUCGGAUGAAGGCCAGCUACAGGAGGGCCUCUCGAGUCCGGGGCUAUUGCUAGGACAGAUAUGGUCGGCUUGCAAAAAGCACGGGGUCGAGGUUUCUGGAGAGAACUCUUCAGAUGCUGUUGCACGCGGGGGAUUUGAGCAGAUUACGAAGCAUUUGUCGGGUGAAGAUGCGGCGAACUCGUUCUUUUACCAAAGAAUGGGGGCGUAUUUCUUCUCGCCCGAGCAUUUUCCCUCGUUUACUCAGUUUGUUCGGAGCAUGAAACAGCCGCAGAUGCACACCGAUGAUCUCCCGAGUGAGGAAGAAGAAGCCUUGGGGCCCGUGGCCGUGACAUCUGAAUCAGGAAUCCGGAUGCAAACAGCUCAGAGUUAGUCUUCUUAAAGUAUAGCAAUUUGUAUUCAGCUAGAGAAAAUGUGCAGAUGUAUUGUAUUACUGUGGUAUUACUAUGAAACUAUUCAGAAGGCUGUUUUCCGGGUUCACUCGGGAAAUAAGUUUAUUUUUCCAGAUAAUUUGGGUAGUUGAUAUGGGCAAUUUCAGAGGAGUAGAAAAUCAUGAGAAUGACUGCUUAAGCUCAUGCGCAGUUUUGCAUCAUUUGAAUCGUCUGUUUGUUUGGUUAUUGAUCUAUUGCAAUAUGAAGCCGGUGCUGUCCUCCUAA